CAGAAAGCACCACGGCUGCGGAAGCGCGGGUCUCGUCGGCCGCCCCGCUAUGGAUGCGAUUUCGAAUGGCAACGGCGCGGCGCUGCUGAAGCGCGGGCGGGGGAGGCGCCGGCGGCAGCCGCAGCCCCGCGGCGCAUCGGUCUCGGCCCUACCCUUGCGGCCCCGGAAGGUCCGAAGGCACCGGAAAAGUGCGGCGUCCCGCGUGGCUGCGCUGAGAGCUCGCGCGCUCCUGAGCCGGGACUCGGACUCGAAGGUGGCAUCGGUCGGGGGCAAACGGGACGGGCCUGCAGAGCUGCCGGAGGCCUCGCGGGCGGCGGAGCCCAGGCCGGUGCCAGUGCGCCCGAGGCCGGCUUCGGCGACCCUGCCGCGCCGGGUGGAGGGACCGAUCGCGGUCUCCCGGAACCUGGGGACGCCGGCUCCGCUGCCGGGCUCGCACGUGGAUGACCCGGCGCGGCCCUGGGAUUCGCCGCUGCAGCAGGUGUUAGCGGAGCUGAACGGCAUCCCCAGCAGCCGGAGGCGCGCCGCCCGCCUCUUCGAGUGGCUCUUGGCGCCCCUGCCGCCGGACCACUUCUACCGGCGGCUGUGGGAGCGGGAGGCGGUGCUGGUGCGGCGGCAGGACCGCAGCUACUACGAAGGUCUGUUCUCUACCGCCGACCUGGACUCGAUGCUGCGCUACGAGGACGUGCACUUCGGGCAGCAUCUGGACGCCGCGCGCUACAUCGACGGGCGGCGGGAGACCUUGAACCCACCGGGCCGCGCACUUCCCGCCGCCGCGUGGUCCCUGUACCAAGCCGGCUGCUCCUUACGGCUUCUUUGCCCGCAAGCUUUCUCGCCCACCGUGUGGCAGUUUCUGGCUGUGCUCCAGGAACAGUUUGGAAGCAUGGCAGGCUCCAACGUUUACCUCACGCCCCCCAACUCGCAGGGCUUUGCUCCUCACUACGACGACAUUGAGGCUUUCGUGUUGCAGCUGGAAGGUCGGAAACUCUGGCGCAUCUACCGACCGCGGGACCCAAGUGAGGAGUUGGCCCUGACGUCUAGUCCCAACUUCAGCCAGGAGGACCUUGGUGAGCCCGUGCUACAAACGGUACUGGAACCUGGAGACCUGCUCUAUUUUCCUCGGGGCUUCAUUCAUCAAGCUGAGUGUCAGGAUGGAGUCCACUCUCUGCACCUCACCUUGUCCACCUACCAGCGCAAUACAUGGGGUGACUUUCUGGAGGCUCUUAUGCCUCUGGCAGUGCAGGCGGCAAUAGAAGAAAAUGUGGAGUUCCGCAGGGGUCUGCCUCGAGACUUCAUGGAUUAUAUGGGGGCCCAGCAUUCAGACUCUAAGGAUCCCAGAAGAACAGCUUUCAUGGAAAAGGUGCGGGUCUUGGUUGCUCGCCUGGGACAGUUUGCUCCUGUUGACGCUGUGGCUGAUCAGAGAGCAAAAGACUUCAUUCAUGAUUCCCUGCCCCCUGUGUUGACCGAUAGGGAAAGGGCUCUAAGUGUUCACGGGCUCCCAAUUCGCUGGGAGGCUGGAGAACCUGUAAAUGUGGGGGCCCAGCUGACAACAGAAACAGAAGUCCAUAUGCUUCAGGACGGCAUAGCUCGGCUGGUGGGUGAGGGAGGCCGCUUGUUCCUGUAUUACACAGUGGAAAACUCUCGGGUUUAUCAUCUGGAGGAACCCAAGUGCUUAGAAAUCUACCCCCAGCAGGCCGAUGCCAUGGAACUCUUGCUGCGCUCCUACCCAGAGUUUGUGAGAGUAGGGGAUCUGCCCUGUGACGCUGUGGAAGACCAGCUUUCCUUGGCAACCAUGUUAUAUGAUAAGGGGCUGCUGCUCACCAAGACACCUCUCGUUCCGAGUUAGUUCUUGGUGGCUGGAAAGAGCGCGGUUGUUUGUGACUCUCACUACCACUGCCACCUUUGUGUCUCUUUUACAGCGGUCACGUUCUUACCUUGCUGAGCAUCAGUAUGCCUAUGUUUACCUUUAUGAUUUCCUCCGUGUUGCAGACCUCAGACCUGAGAAGAACCUCUUCAUCUAGGUACAAAAGUAAACACAGAAAUUGAAACAAGGGGGGAAAAAGCUAUUUGCAGAAGUAGCCCCUAUCCCACCAUUUCUGAGUACCAACUUCAUUCAAGGAAGUUGCUUCCUUGAGUUCUCUUUCAUCAGUUUGUGGGGUGAGCUGGGGUCAGUACUCUGUGUGUUAAGUUUGUAUGAACUUUAGAUUUAUUAAAAAAAAAAAAAAAAGUGCCAAAGAC